GGAGUUAACAAUGAAUUGUUUCGUUUUAUUAAUAUUUACAUUCUUCGCCUAUUUAUCGGUCUCUAAUGCCAUCACAUACUGUCCACUGCGAGAGACGGCCACCACUAAGUUGGAUGCGACCAAAACCAAGAACUACUACGAGUGUCCAGGUCAUCUGCCCAAACAUUACAGUGAAUGCUGUAAUGAUAACCGAUGCUGUCCUUCGCUAACCACCAGCAUCUAUGAAAUCGACCAAAACUUGGCGUUUAUGAUAGCAGUGACCGUAUCAAUGGUUUGCCUCAUAUUCGCAGUAUUUCUACUGAUUUGUUGCUUUUGUCCGACUUGUCCUCUAUAUAACUCAUGCAAAAUCAGAUACACCAGAGAUUAUGCGGGUUGUGCACAUAAAAUGGGAGAAACGCCGCUCUACUCAUCGAUGAUGCCGUGCGACUCACCCCUCGGCAGUACUGUUGUGAUCGCACAUCCAUUGCGAGACAAACCCAACGGCUAUAUCAACGACAAUAAGGCCAAAGAGGCGGCCGUUUAAUAGCAAAGAAGCCGUCGAAAUAUCUAUAGCGAG